GCAGGUUUCCUGGCAUGUGGGAGUAUCUGAGCAGGUGGUGCAGGGCACUGGCACCCCUGGGUCCAUGGGACCCCAGCCACAGCCUUCUCUCUUCAACUGGCCCUGGGGAGGCCACUUGCUCCAGCUCUAGUGGCAGUUAGUGAAGCCAUGGUUUAGAACCCUGGGCCGCAUGCCAGAUGCUGCCCUGUGAUUGGCUGGCAAAAUGCCGUGACAUCACAGUCACUGGGAAUUUUAAACCGGGACAUGAGGCAGUCUGGCCAGUAGUGCAUCAACUGAGCUGCUGAACUGCUGUUGGUAGCGAAGGCUGGAGCACAGCUGAAGGAUGCAGACUGGUUCGCGAUGGAGAUUGGGCAUGGUCGCUGUGAGGGCCCGACGGGACCGUGAGCAAGCAGCGACAAUUGCCAAAUAUGAGCAGGGCCACCAAGGUGUGGCUCUAUCUGAGCCUGAAGAAGAGGAUGAUGACAGCGGCCGCCUCUUCCCAGACAGGCUUGGAUUUCUACAUGAGAAGAUGCUGCUUCAGGACAGUGUCCUCGGGACUAAGCAGAAACAUAUGGAAACUCGGAGACUCCAAAAGUGGGUCAAAAUGUUGAAGAAUUAUACCAAAUAUUGUGACAGCAAGAAGUUCCAUCGGAGAUGCUUCAAAGGAAUCCCCAGCCAGGUGCGGGGAAGCAUCUGGAUGCUAAUGCUUGAUGUGAACACAAAGAAAGCCCAGAACGUGGGGAAGUACAAGGCAAUGAAGGAGCAGUCCAGGCUGCAGUCAACGCCAUUCGACCAGAUCAACUGGCCUGUGCGAGGGAGCUUCCGAAAUCACCUGCUGUUCCAAGAACGCAAUGGAGCCAGGCAGCAGGCUUUGCUUGAUGUUUUGAUGGCCUACACCGUGUACAACCCUGAGGUGGGCUGUGGCCAAGGCCUGAGCCAUCUAGUGGCGCUAUUGCUGAUGUGGCUGAGCGAGGAAGACACAUUCUGGGCUCUGGUCCAGCUGAUGGAGAACAAAAAAUAUGCGAUGUCUGGUCUCUACGCACGCGGAUCACCAAAGCUGAAGACACUGCAGAACCACCUGGGAGAUAUUGUGCACCGCACCCUCCCGGCUCUCGAGCAACACCUGGAGCAGCAGGGACUCAACCUCCAGGACUGCACGGCACACUGGUUUACUCAGUGUUUUCUGGAUGUGGCUCCAUUCCCCCUGGCACUGAGGAUGUGGGACAUCUUCGUCCUGGAAGGGCAGCAUGUGCUCACCACCAUGGCCUACACGAUGUUGAAGGUUCACAGAAGGCGCCUGCUGAAGAUGACCAGGGACCACCUGCAGGAAUUCCUCCAGGAGAGCCUGAAGCAAGUCUGGACCCCGGGCGAUGACAUUGUCAUCAAGCAGCUCCAGGCCUCAAAGCAUGAGCUGCGGAAGCUGCACUGUCUCCUGCCUCCCCAAGCAAAGCCCAAUGAGUCCUGCAGCCUGUGUCUGGGGCUGCCACGUGUUUCUCUGGAGCAGAUGCCUCCUCCAAAGACACUGAAACCUUCCAAUAUGACUGCAGAGAGCUCAUGCGAGCAGAAUAGGGAGAUAACUUCUCACCCAGAGGGGACUGCUCAUCCUGAAAGUUCCUCUCUCCACAUGGUUUUGAAGAGCAGCCCAGAGGAGGAGGAUGAGAACUCUACAGAAGGAAACACCAAGGGCCGGGGCUCCGGCUCCUGUGGGGUGACCUCCGAGUGUGAGGGAUCUUCUGACAUCUCCCCGCACUGCGGGAGAGCAUGGAAAGGGAGAAGGCUGUCCACCUGGGCCAGCAACUCCUGUCUCAGGCUGCCUGCCAAAGGCACAGGCCGGCGCAGUGAGUGUGGGACCGCCUUCCGCUUCCGGCGGCGUGCGUGCGGGCGUGAGGAGGAGCAGCAGUUGCGUGCGAGCGGCUCAGUGGCGCGGGCUCAAGCGGCUCGCGAGUGGGAAGUGGACAGUGGGGACCUGCUGGAGAGGGGACUCCGGAGAGGUGAGUGA